AUGCGAAUGAGUUUGGAUGCGAAGAACAAAUUGAGUUUUGUUGAUGGAUCGCUUCCUAGGCCAGAUAUUGCUGAUAAUUUGUUCAAGAUUUGGAGUCGAUGUAACAGUAUGGUGAAGGCGUGGUUGUUGAAUGUAGUGAAUAAGGAGAUAUAUGAUAGUAUUUUGUACUAUGAGGAUGCAGUUGAGAUGUGGAAUGAUUUGUAUUUGAGGUUUCGAGUGAGUAAUCUUCCGAGGAAGUAUCAACUCAAACAAUCUAUCAUGACCUCGAAGCAGGAGAACCUUGAUCUGUCAACAUAUUACACAAAGAAGAAGACGUUGUGGGAGCAGUUAGCGAACACAAGAACUACUACUGUGAAGCGUUGUAAUUGUGAUCAUGUCAAGGAGCUGGUAGAAGAAGCUAAAACGAGUAGGAUCAUUCAGUUUCUUUGGGGCUUAAUGAGAGCUUUGCCAAUAUUCGUGGACAAAUAUUGA